CUGUCGGUCCGUCUCACCCCGCACUCGACCUCCACUCACUGUUACCUUCCGCUCGGUCGUAACGAAUAGUCCGUACUAGCUAACCCUCUUAUCGAUAAAACAUCGAACCACAUAGCUCGACUCAGUCUACCACGUCCAUGGCAUUUAUUCUUUUCUCUUUUAGUAAUCCCACCACUCUUUAAAAAUUCCGCCUAAAAAGAAAAAGCGUUCUGUCCCCUCUUUUGGGUUUUCAGCCGACGUGUAUAACAACUAUCCCGAGGAUCUAGGGGCAGCUCUAUACCGAGAGCCAUUCGACUUCAACGCCGAGCCACCUUGGGAUCCUAGCUGAUAGUGGACGAGUUCAUCCCAGGACUCAUCCAUUUUGUUGCGUAAGUCUAGGACCCCAGGGGCUCGAGAGGGAGUGAGCAAGACCUCUUUGGACAAGCCACAUUCUUUAUGCCUGUCGGAUCAGAAGAAAAUGGUUGAGAGGAUGAAAGGAAUCACUGACGAACCACAAUACUCUGUUGGACUGCUAGAGGCAGGCGUGGCCCUGUGUGACGUGAUUGACAAUCACAUUUAUGAGCAAACACUGUCUGAGAAGAGUGCAUUCUUUGUGGCAGACCUCGGCGUUAUAAUGAGGCAGCAUGUUCGCUGGCGAACCCACAUGGCUCACAUUCGACCCUACUAUGCUGUUCGAUGUAACAGCAGUCCAACUGUCAUUGAAGUUCUUGGUGCCCUCGGCACUGGAUUCAUUUGCACCAACAAGUCUGAACUUGAACUGGUACAGAGCCAUGGUAUUCCCUCUGAAGAUAUCAUCUAUGGUGGUGUUUGCAAACAAGUGUCCCAGAUUAAAUAUGCUGCUAAGAACGGCAUUGACCUCCUGGUGUGUGAUAAUGAAGCAGAGCUACGCAAGAUUUCUCGUUGCCACCCCAGUGCCAAGCUGCUACUGCAGAUUUCAACAGAAGUGUCUAGCCAGGAUGAUGAGAUGAGCAUGACUUUUGGCUGCUCUCUCAAGGACUGCAGGCAUCUGCUAGAGAAGGCUAAGGAGCUGGAUGUGGAGGUGGUUGGAGUCAGGUCUCACAUUUCCAGUUCUUGUGAGGAUGACCAGGUGUACAUUCAUGCCAUAUCUGAUGCCCGUUGUGUCUUUGAUAUGGGAGAGGAAAUUGGCUUCAACAUGAAAAUCCUGGACAUCGGAGGUGGCUUCAGUGGCUCUGAGACUCAGCUGGAACUGAUCAAUAGUGCUGUCAUGUCUAUGGUGGACCUAUACUUCCCCCCUUCUACUGGAGUUUCCAUUAUUGCUGAGCCUGGUGGCUUCUUUGUGUCCUCUGCUUUCACUCUGGCUGUGAACAUCAUCUCCAAGGAGGUGGUUGCACGUGAUUGCCAGGAUCAGGCACAUGAUGAUCCAUCUCCCAACGAUGAGCCAGAGUUCCAGUACUACAUGAACGAGGGAGUAUAUGGAUCAUUUGCCAGCAAACUUUCUGAAACUCUGAUUGCUGCUCCAUCUGUUCACAAGCAGAACACAUCCCUUGGUGCUCCAGUGUUCAGCAGUAGCCUGUGGGGUCCCUCAGGGGAUGACCUGGACCAGGUGGUGGAGCACUGUGUGUUGCCUGAGCUUAACACUGGAGACUGGCUCAUUUUCACCCAAGCAGGGGCCUACAGUCUGGGUCAGCCACUCUGCACUGCCACUGACUCACCACCACCCCCUGUAUACUAUGUCAUCUCCUCAAGAGACUGGUUUGAGAUGCAGGACACUGGUGUGCCCCACGAGGCUACACUGAAGAACUUCUCUUUGGUUCCUUAUUUCCUCAAUUCCUGCCAAACAGAGGCUGCGCUGUCUGUCCCAGCUUAGUGCUCAAACCAGAAAGACUCCUCUUUCCUUUACUGGUUUCUGCUGCUAGCCUCCUCUGGCCUACAUUCCACUGGGAUGAACUGAGCCAACUGUGCAGAUAGAGCGUGGGACCAGACAGUUAAUUUCACAACCCUCAAUGUAAAAUAUAGUAAGUGAUAGACAAGAAAAACUCAAGUAGAUGUUUAUUCAUAUGCAACAAAAUGGAUGACUCCAAAAAGACAGAUGCAUUCUUCUUUUUGCUUUGGAUAUCCCAUGGCACUACAGUUUACACUCAUACAGUACACAUAUAAUUAUUUUAAAUGAUUAUAUUUGACAGAUGUAUUAUCUAUAUCUCCAUUGCUGUUGCCAGUCUUGUAAAGUAAGAUAUGUGUCCCUGAGUGGAGCAGUGUAUUUAAACAGAAACACAAUUCUAAGAUGUUAUUGGCUGCUUUUCUUCAAGAUGUGUAUUUAUGAUUUUAAUUGGUUGUAUAGAUUGUUAUUUUGAUUCCAUCAUUACAUUUAAAAUCUGUUGUUCUCAUUAGUGUUUUGAAAUAGAAACAAGCGUAUGAAGGUGCAUUUACUCAUCUGUCAGAUGCAGUAAAUAAAGCCAGUGUGAUCAAAGCUCAGUGUAUCCAUGAGGUCCACUCCUGGAAAAAUCAUAGUACAGUCUGCUCUGGUGUUGGUGGGGAAGCUGAUGUUUCAGUGUUGAUUUUUUUGAAGUUCUGAGUAGCUUGCUUGGACCAGCAGGUAACUGGUUUGCUAUACAGCACGUGCUGCGGGUGGAACAAGGGAAGUGUUGAUGGGUAAUGAAUUCGAUAACAUGGAAUGGAGUCAUUUAUAACGCUAGAACGCAUACUGUUUUGUUGUCUCCACAGAAUUUUUUUUCAAUAUUUAUGGCUAUUGAAAGAAUAUUUCCCUGACUGUGGAAGUAUGUUUGUAAAGUGUAUGUCUUAUCUUUGAAGUUGUCUCCCCAUCUGUCUAAGGCAUGAUGAAUUAUCGGGCAUUUGUCUGUUAAAACUUGUAUCUGUGCUUGUCAACAUGAACAGUAAUAAACAUCUCAUUGGCUGGACUGUGAA